AUGCCAUAUGCCAACUCAGUCACUGUAGCAGCUACCACCCUCCCGAAUAGACUUCAGCGUCCUGAUUUCGUGCAUUACAUCGCGGCUGACUGGGGAAGAUCGCUUUUUAACCCUCUAUUUUCUUUACACAUCUACAUUUAUCCCACAGCAGCCAUGAGUGUCGUCGGUGUCGAUUUCGGUACCCUCAAGACGGUCAUUGCCGUCGCCAGAAAUCGCGGUGUCGAUGUGGUUACCAACGAAGUCUCCAACCGUGCUACCCCUUCUCUCGUCGGAUUCGGUCCCAAAUCCCGCUACCUCGGCGAGACGGCCAAGACGCAGGAGAUCUCCAACCUCAAAAACACCGUCAACUGCCUCAAGCGCCUUGCCGGCCGCGCCUUCAACGACCCCGAUGUCCAGAUUGAGCAGCAGUUCAUCACUGCUCCCCUCGUCGACAUCAAUGGCCAGGUCGGCGCCGAGGUCAGCUACCUUGGCAAGAAGGAAAGGUUUACUGCCACCCAGCUUGUCGGCAUGUACCUCAGCAAGAUCAAGCAGACUGCGGCCGCCGAGCUUAAGCUCCCUGUCUCCGACCUCUGCAUGAGCGUUCCUCCUUGGUUCACCGACGCCCAGCGCCGCGCCCUCCUCGACGCUUCCGAGCUCGCCGGCCUCAAGCUCCUCCGCCUCAUUAACGACAACACCGCCGCCGCCCUUGGUUGGGGUAUCACCAAGCUCGACCUCCCCGGCCCGGACGAGCCCCCCAAGCGCGUCUUCUUCGUCGACAUUGGCCACUCCAACUACACCUGCUCCAUUAUCGAGUUCCGCAAGGGUGAGCUUGCCGUCAAGGCCACCGCCUGGGACCGCAACUUUGGUGGCCGUGACUUUGAUAAAGCUCUCGUCGACUACCUCGCCAAGGAGUUCAAGACCAAGUACAACGCAGAUAUCUACACUCACGGUCGAGCCAUGGCCCGCACCAUUGCCGCCGCUGAAAAGUGCAAAAAGGUCCUCUCCGCCAACCAGCAGUCUCCUGUCAACAUUGAGUCUCUCAUGAAUGAUAUUGACGUUUCCACCAAUGUCACCCGCCAGGACUUUGAGGAGAUGAUCCAGCCCCUCCUCAGCCGCACUUUUGAGCCUCUCGAGUCCGCACUCGCCCAGGCCAAGCUCACUAAGGACGACAUUGACAUUAUCGAGGUUGUCGGCGCUGGCUCCCGCGUCCCUGCUCUCAAGGAGCGCCUCCAGUCCUUCUUCGGCAAACCCCUCUCCUUCACCAUGAAUGCCGACGAGGCCAUUGCUCGUGGCUGUGCUUUCAGCUGUGCUAUUCUAUCCCCCGUCUUCCGCGUCCGCGAUUUCGCCGUCCAGGAUAUUGUCAGCUAUCCCAUCGAGUUUACCUGGGAGAAGGCUGCCGACAUCCCUGAUGAGGAUACGAGCCUCACCGUCUUUAACAAGGGCGGCGUUCUCCCCUCAACCAAGAUUCUCACCUUCUAUCGCAAGCAACCCUAUGACCUCGAGGCUCGCUAUGCCAAGCCCGAAGACCUCCCCGGCAAGCAGAACCCGUGGAUCGGCCGCUUCUCCGUCAAGGGUGUCAAGCCCACCGAGACUGACGACUUUAUGGUCUGCCGCCUCAAGGCCCGUGUCAACAUCCACGGUAUCCUCAACGUUGAGACUGGCUACCACGUUGUCGAGCAGGAAGUUGACGAGGAGGUCAAGGAGGAGGGUGACCCCGAGGCGAGUAAAAUUUCUACCUCUUCUUUUUUGUGCAAUAGACUAACGCGCCUCAAGGCCAUGGACACUGACAAGAAGGACGACGGUCCCAAGAAAACCCGCAAGGUCAAGAAGCAAAUCCGUGCCGGCGACCUCCCUAUAUCCAGCGGCACCUCGUCUCUCGACGAUGCCGCCCGCGCCGCCCUGGCCGAAAGGGAAGCCGCCAUGGUCAUGGAGGACAAGCUCGUUGCCGACACUGAUGAGAAGAAGAACGAGCUCGAGGCUUACAUUUACGACCUCCGCGCCAAGCUGGAGGAGCAGUAUGCUGACCUCGCCAGCGAUGAGGAUAAGGAGAAGAUCCGCGCCAAGCUUGAGGCCUCCGAGGAUUGGCUCUACGCCGACGGCGAGGACGCGUCAAAGGGCGUCUACGUCGCCAAGAUUGACGAGAUCCGCGCCUUGGCCGGUCCCGUCGUCCAGCGCCACUUUGAGAAAGUCGAGGCUGAGCGUCAGGCUGUCCAAGAGCGUGUCGAUGCCGAGCAGGCGGCCAAAAGAGCCGCUGAGGAAGAGGCUCGCAAAGCUGCUGAGGCUGAGAAGGCCACCGAGGGCGGCGCCGACGCCGAGAUGAAGGAUGCCGAUGGCGCCACACCCGAUGACGCCGCCGACCCCAAAUAA